CACCAAGUGAGUUGAAAAUAUACAAUUAGCAUUAAAUUUGUAGAGGUUUGAGAAGUUAAUUUGUUUAUUGGAUUAUUGUAUUAUCAUUGAGUUAUUACGGUAUAGAAUUUACUAUUGUGUUGAAUCAAAGAAUUAUCGUAAAUUACUGAAAUGGCCCCAGCUAAAGAUAGCAAAGAUCUCCCUAGUGGAGGUAAGGAACCAGAAGUAAAUACUAUUGGGAAUAAUAGUAAUACAAAAAAGACACCAAUUAAAGAAGAAGAAUUAUCUGAAGAAGAUCAACAUUUAAAAGAAGAAUUGGAAUUAUUAGUAGAACGAUUAAUUGAAGCUGAUCAAUCACCAGAAUUAUAUCAAGCUAAUUUAUCAACUUUAAAGACAUUUAUUAAGGAUUCAACUACUUCAAUGACAGCUGUUCCAAAACCAUUAAAGUUUUUAAGACCUCAUUAUCCUUCAUUAACUUCAUUAUAUGAUACUUGGGUAAAUGAAAAAUCAUCUAAUAAUCAAGAAAUUAUUAUUAAUUUAGCUGAUAUAUUAUCAGUAUUAGCUAUGACUUAUUCUGAUGAUGGUAAAAAGGAUUCAUUAAAAUAUAGAUUAUUAUCUUCUGAAGAUAGUAUAGCCGAUUGGGGUCAUGAAUAUAUGCGUCAUUUAGCUCUUGAAAUUGGUGAAUCAUAUCAAGAAAGUUUAGGUAAUGAAGAUGGUUCAGUUGAAAGAUUAAUUGAUUUAGCUUUAAAAAUUGUUCCAUUCUUUUUAAAACAUAAUGCUGAAGCUGAUGCAGUUGAUUUAUUAUUAGAAAUAGAAUCAAUUGAUAAAUUAUCUGAAUAUGUUGAUGAUAGUACUUAUGCAAGAGUUUGUCUUUAUAUGGUUAGUUGUGUACCAUUAUUAGCUCCACCUGAUGAUUCAUCAUUUUUACAUACUGCUUAUGCUAUUUAUUUAUCUCAUAAUCAAUUAACUCAAGCAUUAACUUUAGCUAUAAAAUUAGAUGAUGAAAAUUUAAUUAAACAAGUAUUUCAAUCAACUGAUGAUGAAUUAACUCAUAAACAAUUGGGAUUUAUAUUAUCAUCACAAAAUAAUGGAUUUAAAUAUCCAGGAGAAAAUGAAGAAGUUCAAGAAACAAUUUCUAAUGUUAAAUUACAUGAAUAUUAUGCAUAUUUAGUUAAAGAAUUAAAUUUAUUAGAUCCUAAAGUUCCAGAAGAUAUUUAUAAAUCUCAUCUUGAAAAUGCUAAAUUUGGUGUAGGAACUGGAUCAGUUGAUUCUGCUAAACAAAAUUUAGCAGCUGCAUUUGUUAAUAUGUUUAUUAAUUUAGGUUAUGGAACUGAUAAAUUAGUUCAAACUGAAGAAGAUCGUAAAACUUGGAUUUAUAAAACUAAAGGUUUAGGUAUGCUUUCAACUACUGCAUCAUUAGGAGCAUUAUAUCAAUGGAAUAUUAAUGAUGGUUUACAAGCUUUAGAUAAAUAUACUUAUUCAUCAGAAGAAGAAGUUAAAGCUGGUGCAUUAUUAGGUACAGGAAUUGUAUCAUCAAAUGUUCAUGAUGAAAAUAUUUCAGCAUUAGCAUUAUUAGAAGAUUAUGUUAAUGAUGAAAAUAAACUUUAUCAAGAAGCUUCAAUUAAUGGAUUAGGAAUUGCCUUUGCUGGUUCAGCUAAUGAAAAAGUAUUAAAUUUAUUAUUACCACUUGUAUCUGAUCUUGAAGUUAGACUUGAAGUUAGUUGUUUAGCAGCUUUAGCUUUAGGUCAUAUAUUUGUUGGAACAUGUCAUGGAGAUAUUACUUCAACAAUUUUUCAAAGAUUUUUAGAAUCAAAUACAAGUGAUUUAAAUAAUAAAUAUAUUAAAUUUAUGUCUUUAGGUUUAGGUUUAUUAUAUAUGGGGAAAACUGAACAAGUUGAAGAUGUUUUAGAAACCAUUGAUGCAAUUAGUCAUCCAAUUAGUAAAACUUUAAAAGUUUUAGUUAAUAUUUGUGCUUAUGCUGGAACUGGGAAUGUUUUACAAAUUCAAUCAUUAUUACAAAUGUGUACUGCUAAACCAAAAGAUUUAUCAGAAGAAGAAAAGAAACUUGAACUUAGUGAAGAUCAAUUAAAGGAAGAAGAACUUAAAUCAGAAAUAAAAGAUGCAUUAGAUGAUGUUGAAAUGGAAGAUACUGUUAUUGAUGGAUCUGAAUCUGAAGUUAAAGAUGAAAAGAAGGAUAAAGAAAAGGAAAAGGAAAAGGAAAAGGAAGAUGAAGAAGUUGAAGGUGAAACUGAAGAUGAAAUUAAUGAAGAUGAAGAAUUAUAUCAAGGUAUAGCAGUUCUUGGAGUUGCACUUAUUGCAAUGGGAGAAGAUAUUGGAGCUGAUAUGGCAUUAAGACAUUUUUCACAUUUAAUGCAUUAUGGUAAUUCUAUUAUAAAACGAGCUGUUCCAUUAGCUAUGGGAUUAGUAUCUACUUCAAAUCCUCAAAUGAAAGUAUUUGAUACAUUAUCAAGAUAUUCACAUGAUCCUGAUUUAGAAGUAGCUCAAAAUGCUAUAUAUUCUAUGGGAUUAGUUGGGGCUGGUACUAAUAAUGCAAGAUUAGCUCAAUUAUUAAGACAAUUAGCUUCAUAUUAUGUAAAAUCAGCAGAUUCAUUAUUUAUGGUAAGAAUAGCUCAAGGUUUAUUACAUUUAGGUAAAGGUACAUUAACUUUAACUCCAUUUAAUAUUGAAAGAACUAUAUCAUCUAAAGUUUCAUUGGCUGCAUUAUUAACUAUAUCAGUUGCUUUAUUAGAUCCUAAAGCAUUUAUUUUAAGUGAUUCAUCUUAUGAAACAACUCAUCAAAUCUUAUAUUAUUUGGUUCCAGCAGUUAAACCUCGAAUGUUAGUAACAGUUGAUGAAGAAUUAAAACCAAUAAAAGUUAAUGUUAGAGUUGGUCAAGCAGUUGAUGUAGUUGGACAAGCUGGUAAACCUAAAACAAUUACUGGAUGGGUUACUCAAUCUACUCCUGUAUUAUUAAACUAUGGUGAAAGAGCAGAAUUGGAAAAUAGUGAUGAAUGGAUAUCUUUAAGUGGAUCAUUAGAAGGGAUUGUUAUUUUAAAGAAAAAUCCUGAAAGUAUGGAAGUUGAUUCGUAGAAUACAUAAUUUAUAGCUUAUAAAGAAUUUAUAAAUAUAAUAUAAUAUAAUAUAAUAUAUAUAUAAUAUAAUAUAAUAUAUAUAUAAUAUAA